UCCCAACCAUGUAUUAUAUAUUAUAUUAAAUAAUAAUUAUUAAAUAAUAUAUAAUUAUAAAAUGUCUCCCAACCAUGUAUUAUAUAUUAUAUUAGAUAAUUAUUAUUAAAUAAUUAUUAUAUAACUAUAAAAUGUUUCCCAACCAUGUAUUAUAUAUUAUAUCAGGUAAUAAUUAUUAAAUAAUUAAAUGUUCUUAUAUUGAUACCCUGCUUGUCUAUGUAUAUGUAUACAGUAGAGUCUUGCUUAUCCAACGUAAACGGGCCGGCAGAACGUAGGAUAAGUGAAUAUGUUGGAUAAUAAAGGGAGAUUAAGGAAAAGCCUAUUAAACAUCAAAUUAGGUUAUGAUUUUGCAAAUUAAGCAACAAAACAUCUUGUUAUACAACAAAAUUGGCAGAAAAUGUAGUUCAAUACGCAGUAAUGUUAUGUUGUAAUUACUGUAUUUACGAAUUUAGCACCAAAAUAUCACGAUAUAUUGAAAACAUUGACUACAAAAGUGCAUUGGAUAAUCCAGAAUGUUGAAUAAGCGAGUGUUGGAUAAGUGAGACUCUACUGUAUUUGUAUAUGCAACAACAACAACUCUUUAUUGAUCAGUCAAUUUUGACCAUAUCAAAACAUGUGAAACAUACAAAACAUACACACUUACUCAUACAUACAGUAAAACCAUGUAAAACCUACCAACCCACUCCUAGGUAGUUGUGCAAAUACAGAAUAAAAAGAUUAAAAUUAAAAUUAAUUAUUCCCUUAAGGUAAGGUUUAAGCGGGGGCAAGGGUAAGUAAAACUAGUGGCUUGUCCGUAGUAAAUUUUAAAUUUGGAUUUUGUUAUUGGCAUUAUAUAUUUGUAUAUGUAUGUAUGUAUGUAUAUGUAUAUAUGUAUGUAUGUGUAUAUAUAUGUAUACUAACUGUGCCCGGCCAUGCGUUGCUGUGGCGAAGUAUGGUGGUAUGGGAAAUAAAAGUAUUGAGGAAUUGGUGGUAGUUAAGUCUAUUAUAAAUGGGUUAUAUAGCUGUGUGAAAGGGCCUUGAGUCUACACUGCCAUAUAAUCCAGUUAAAAUCAGAGAAUCUGUAUUUUAUAGGCAGUGUGGAAGAGGCCUAAGUGAGGCCUAACUCUGCCUGUCCCCUGGGCUGAGUGGGUUGCUAGGAGACCAAGUGGGCGGAGCUUAGCCUUCUAACUGGCAGCAAUUGGAUGAAAGCAAUUAUUCCUCUCCCUCUAAUUAGGAUUUAUUUUUCUUUUCUUUUUGUUGUAUGAACGCAGAGGCAUGGAUGAGGGGUUGUGCUGCUGAGUUUAGUGUUUCUGGGAUGUGUGGUUUUGUUGUUUUGUCCUAGGCCAAAAUUUCAUUACCCUUUUAUAUAUAUAGAUGUAUAUGUAUAUAUGUAUAUGUAUAUAUGUAUGUAUAUAUGUAUGUAUAUGUAUAUAUGUGAAUAUGUAUAUGUAUAUAUGUAUGUAUGUGUGUAUAUAUAUGUAUAUGUAUAUAUGUGUAUAUGUAUAAAUAAGUUAAAAAUCUCAUUGUAAUAGAAAUAAAAUAGUGCUGUGAUCAGAAGCUUUUGCAGGGAAGGCGAGGAGGACCUUGCGAUGCUCCGAUUCCCAGGCCGGGCCAAGGAGAACAUCCCUCCUCCUCCUCCUCCUCCUCCUCCGGUCAGCACUGGCCGGGCGCCAGGUAAGCCUUGCAAGCCGGCCACUCAUUGGCCGCAGUGGUUCGCUGGCCUCUCGCUAAGCGGCUUAACCCCGGGGUUUAUGGCAUUAGCCAGAAGCAGCACAACCGUGGCUCCACAACACAGGCGCACAGACGGACGGGCGGACGGAGAGAUGUUCCGGAGUGAGUUCUUGCGCGGAAACAAACACGAGCGUCGACUCUAGGUACACAGGGCCACACAAGGAUCCGCACCUGGAUCCGGAGGCCCCACUCUCUCUCUCUCUGUGUAGAUAGUCUAUACUAUUACGUGACUAUAUUAUUCUAUCCUAUUACAUUACAUUACUAUAUUAUUACAUUGUCUUAUAUUAUUAUAUUAUAUUACUAUAUUAUUCCAUUACUAUAUUAUAUUACUAUAUUAAUUCAUUGCUAUAUUAUUACAUACUAGCUGUGCCCGGCCACGCGUUGCUGUGGCGAAGUCUGGUGGUCUGGGAAAUAAAGUAUUGAGGAAUUGGUGGUAGUUAAGGUCAAGGGUCAAGGUUUUCCCCAGACAUUAAGUCCAGUUGUGUCUGACUCUGGGGGUUGGUGCUCAUCUCCAUUUCUAAGCCGAAGAGCCGGCGUUGUCCGUAGACUCCUCCAAGGUCAUGUGGGAUGACUGCAUGGAGCGGCGUUACCUUCCCGCCGGAGCAGUACCUAUUGAUGCACUCACAUUUGCAUGUUUUCGAACUUCUGGGUUGGCAAAAGCUGGGGCUAACAGUGGGGGCUCUCUCCGCUCCCCCAAUUCAAACCUGUGGCCUUUCGGUCCAGAAGUUCAGCAGCUCAGCGCUUUAACACGCUGCGCCAUCAGGGGAUAUUAUUUCCUAAAGGUUGUGAAUAUACAAUAUUUCUGAUUGGUUUUUUUUUUUGUCUGUUGGAGGCAAGUAUGAAUGCUGCAAUUAGGAAAAAUGAUUAGGAUGUAAUGGCCUUGCAGCUUGAAAGCCUGGCUCUUUCCUCCCUGAGUGAAUUUUUGGUGGGAGGUGUUAGCUGGCCCUGAUUAUUUCCUGUCUGGAAUUCCCUUGUUUUCAGAGUGGUGUUCUUUGCGAUAUUUUAUGUGCUUCUACUGUCUGUGGCCCUGAGAAAACAGAGGAUUUGCCAGACUUUGGUGAUGGGAAUACUUUGUUGGGAGGUGUUAGCUGGCCCUGAUUGUUUCCUGUGUGGAAUUCCCCUGUUUUCAGAGUGUUGUUCUUUAUUUUAUCCAACAUAAAUGGGCUGGCAGAAUGUUGGAUAAGUGAAUAUGUUGGUUAAUAAGGAGGCAUUGAGGAAAAGCCUAUUAAAUAUCAAAUUAGGUUAUGAUUUUACAAAUGAAGCACCAAAACAUCAUGUUAUACAACAAAUUUGGCAGAAAAAGUAGUUCAAUACCCAGUAAUGCUAUGUAGUAAUUACUGUAUUUAUGAAUUUAGCACCAAAAUAUCACGAUAUAUUGAAAACAUUGACUACAAAAAUGUGUUGGAUAAUCCAGAACGUUCGAUAAGCAAGUGUUGGAUAAGUGAGACUCUACUGUAAUUACUACAUAGCAUUACUGCGCAUGGAACUACUUUUUCUGUCAAAUUUGUUGUAUAAUAUGAUGUUUUGGUGCUUAAUUUGUUUAACGAUUACCUAAUUUGAUGUUUAAUUCGCUUUUCCUGAAUCCCUUCUUAUUAUCCAACAUAUUCAUUUAUCCUGCUGGCCUGUUUAUGUUGGAUAAGUGAGAGUCUACUGCAUAUUUCUAAUCUUAUAUUAUCUUCUUAGAACUGGAUUAUAUGAGGCUCCUUCUACACAGCUGUAUAAAAUGCACACUGAAGUGGAUUAUAUGGCAGUGUGGACUCAAGAUAAUCCAGUGCAAAGCAGAUAAUAUAAGAUUAUAAAUGGGUUAUAUAGCUGUGUGGAAGGGCCUUGGGUCUACUCUGCCAUAUAAUUCAGUGCAAAUUAUAUCUAAUUCGCAGAAGAAAAUAUCUGUGGAAGAAGCCUAAGUGAGGCCUAAAUCUGCCUGUCCCCUGGGCUGAGUUGGUUGCUAGGAGACCAAGUGUGCAGCGAUUUAGCCCUCUAAACUGGCAGCAAUUGGAUAAAAAGAAUUAUUCCUUUUCCUCUAAUUAGGACUUUAUUUUUGUUUUCUUUUUGUUGUAUCAACCUAGAGGCGUGGAUGAUGGGUUGUGUUGUCAAAUUUUGAGGUUGGGGGGCCUGUACUUUUGUUGUUUGGUUGGUUGCUGUGAUGCCAUCACUCAUUUAUAUAUAUAGAUUAUUUACUAUAUUAUUGUAUUAAAUUAUAUUAUAAUAUUAUAUUACAGUAUAUAAAUACAAGUGUGUAUCUGUGUGUGUGUGGGUGUGCAUAUAUAUACACAUACGCACACACAUAGAUAGAUAGAUAGAUAGAUAGAUAGAUAGAUAGAUAGAUAGAUAGAUAGAUAGAUUAUAUAUGCACACAAAGUAUGAUUUCCAUAUUUGCUGGGGCCAGGAAUACGUUCCUGAACUUAGCAUGUGUGCAUGUAUGUGUGUGUGUAUGCAUAUAUACAUAGAUAUAUGUAUGUGUAUUGAUGUGUUCAUGUACAUGUAUACAAGUGUCUGUAUAUGUUUAUUUGUAGUUGAAUAUAUAUACACAUAUACAAUUUUAUUUAUAUAUGUGUGUAUAAAUGUAUAUGUGUGUAUAAAUGUAUAUUAUAUAUACACACAUAUAAUUGUAUGUGUAUAUAUACACAAGUGCAUUUGUAUGUAUAUGUGUGUGUGUAUUGUGUAUUUGUAUAUAUGUGUGUAUUUGUAUGUCUAUAUUUGUGUAUAUAUGUGUGCAUUUUAUAUAUGUGUGUAUAUAAGCAUAUUUGUAUGUGUGUAUGUGUGUAUUUUAAUUUAUAUAUGUGUAUACAUAUGUAUAUAUGUGUGUGUGAGUAUUUGUAUAUAUGUGUACAUAUGUGUAUUUGUAUGUAUAUAUGUGUGUGUAUUUGUAUUUGUGUAUUUGCAUAUAUUUUAUAUGUGUGUAUAUAUGUGUAUUGGUAUGUGUAUAUGUGUGUAUGUGUGUAUUUUAAUUUAUAUAUGUGUAUACUUAUAUGUAUAUAUGUGUGUGUGAGUAUUCGUAUGUGUGUAUUUGUAUAUAUGUGUGCGUAUUUGUAUAUAUGUGUGUAUUUUUAUAUGUGUGUAUAUGUGUAUUUGUAUAUGUGUAUAUUUGUAGGUAUAUAUGUGUAUACGUGUAUGUAUAUAUGUGUGUAAUUGUAUGUAUGUAUUUGUGUAUAUAUGUGUGUGUAUUUUUAUAUGUGUGUAUAUAUGUGUAUGUGUAUAUUUUAAUUUAUACAUGUGUACACUCCAUAUUAGCAUUGGGUUGUGUUUUGUCCUCUGCAGAGCAAAGGAACGUCCAGAAGAACUUCAACGUUCCUCCAUCUUCUGGAUUGUCCCAUCGUCCACAUGGCUUAAAGAAACCCGUGGAAGCAAGAAGUGGAACAGUUGACCACAAUCUGAUCCAGACCAACCUCUCAUGUCUCUAUUGGCCUUCCCAAGAGAAGCAAACCAACCUCAAUUCCAAAUCAAAAAGGUUUGGACUGGGAAACGGAGCGGACAUUGACAACCCUGAGGUUGAUCAAAAGAGGAACCAUCCACGGAAACUGUCUCGGUCAAACCAUGAUGUUCCACCUUCGGAGGACGGAAUGGGGAGCAAGGAGAAGGAGGCCUCAAGACGGGUUCUAGGUCGUUUCUCCAAACAAAGACCCCACGGAGGUGUCUCCUUCUCCUCCAGACACGUGGAGACACCUUCUCAGGGUUCCUUUCAUCGUUGUUCUUCUUCUCCAAGUCUGGAUAGUAGCACAGAUCCGUCUUCUCCAGGGCCAACCCUUCUCUCAGAACAUUUGGUGGAGAACCGUCCUUCUUCUCCAACGUUCCUAAGAUCUUCAGGCAUUGAUAGCUCCAACAAGCAUCUCCAAGACCAUCUCAAGACCUCCAAAUUGGUGGAGAACUGUCCUUCUUCUCCAAUUUUCCUGAGAUCUUCAGGCGUUGAUAGCUCCAACAAGCAUCUCCAAGACCAUCUCAAGACCCCCAAAUUGGUGGAGAACCAUCCUUCUUCUCCAACGUUCCUGAGAUCUUCAGGCAUUGAUAGCUCCAACAAGCAUCUCCAAGACCAUCUCAAGACCUCCAAAUUGGUGGAGAACCGUCCUUCUUCUCCAACGUUCCUAAGGUCCUCAGGCGUUGAUAGCUCCAACAAGCAUCUCCAAGACCAUCUCAAGACUUCCAAAUUGGUGGAGAACCAUCCUUCUUCUCCAACGUUCCUAAGGUCCUCAGGCGUUGAUAGCUCCAACAAGCAUCUCCAAGACCAUCUCAAGACCUCCAAAUUGGUGGAGAACCGUCCUUCUUCUCCAACAUUCCUAAGGUCCUCAGGCGUUGAUAGCUCCAACAAGCAUCUCCAAGACCAUCUCAAGACCUCCAAAUUGGGGGAGAACCGUCCUUCUUCUCCAACGCUUCAGGACAUCUUGAGGUCUUCAGAUCUUGGCAACUCCAUUCAACGUGUCCAAGAACACCUGAAGACAUCCAACUUAGUGGAGAACCAUCCUUCUUCUUCAAGGUUCCAAUCCAUCCUAAAGUCUUCAGACAUAGACAGUUCGACUCAGCAUCUCCAAGACCAUCUCAAGACCUCCGACUUAGUGGACAACGGUCCUUCUUCUUCAAGUUUCCAGGCCAUCCUAAGCUCUUUGGAUGUUGACAGCUCCAUCCAGCAUCUCCAAGAGCAUAUAAAGACCUCCAAAUUGGUGGAGAAUCGUCCUUCUUCUCCAGCGCUCCAGGACAUCUUGAGGUCUUCAGAUCUCAGCAACUCUGUCCAACAUCUUCAAGAACAUCUGAAGACAUCCGACCUAGUGGAGAACUGUUGUGCUUCUUCAAGGUUCCAGUCUUCAGACGUUGACAGCUCCACCCAGCAUCUCCAAGAGCAUGUCAAGACCUCCAAAUUGGUGGAUAACUGUCCUUCGUCUCCAACGCUCCAGGACAUUUUGAGGUCUUCAGAUUUCAGCAACUCCAUCCAACGUCUCCAAGGCCAUCUGAAGACAUCGGACUUAGUGGAAAACCAUCCUUCUUCUUCUCCAAAAUUCCAGGCCGACUUAAGAUCUUCAGAUCUCAGCAGCUCCACCCAAAGUCUCCGAGACUCUCUGGGGACAUCUGACUUAGUGGAGAAUUGUUCUUCUUCUCCAACGUUCCAUGACAUCUUGAAGUCUUCAGACCCAGAGGGCUCCAUCCAACAUCUCCAAAACGAAGCUGAGAUGGGGGCCUUGGGGUCUUUCCCAUCGGAACCCAAGUACUCUUCUCUGCCUCGGCCCUCGUGGGUCAGUCCUCCAGGAUCUGCCUCCGCCCCACUGAGCAUCAUGGAGCGCCUCACGGCCGAGCAAAAGUGGGACUCCUCCUUUGGAAGAGAUUUUGGAGAUGGUGAGCCUCUUCGUCGCCCCUCUAUCAUGGAGACCCUAGAACACAGUUGGCCAACGGUUAACAUCCGGAGCAACGUUAGCCCAACCUCAGCACUGUUUCCAAGCAAAGACACUUCCUUUUCAUACCUUUUCAGAUCCCAUUGGGGAGGUCAGUGGAAUCUAGAUCCAGAGGAACCUUCUUCUGGAACAUCUCAUAAUGUUGGUCAACAGGAUAUUCCCUUGAUCAACCGUGGUUGGCCAAAGACUGAUAGCCACCAGACAAGAUAUGGCUUGGAAGAACCUCCUGGAGCCUCCCAUAACAUUGACUUGAGUCAACAGAACCUUCCCUUGAACAGUGGUUGGCUGAAGACUGAUAGCCACCAGAAGAGAUGUGGCUUGGAAGAUCCUUCUUCUGAAGUAUCCCGUCAUGUUGAUGUGGGUCAACAGGACCUUCACUUGGCCAACCAUGAUUGGCCAAAGACUGAUAGCCACCAGAAGAGAUGUGGCUUGGAAGGCGCUUCUUCUGGACCAUCCCAUCCUGUUGGCUUGGGUCAACAGGACCUUCCCUUGAUCAACCGUGCUUGGCUGAAGACUGAUAGCCACCAGAUGAGAUAUGGAUUGGAAGACCCUUCUUCUGGAGUCUCCCAUAACGUUGACGUGGGUCAACAGGACCUUCUCUUUGGUCUUCUCUCCACAUCUAACACUGACAGGGAAGGACAUUUGACCGUCCAGUCUUCUGGAGCUCCCAGUGGCCAAGACUCCAACCUAUGUGAACCAGGAGAGAGCAUCGGGACUUUGUUUUCUGCAAACUUUGUGGACGACCAGAGCUUGUUUUUGCCCCAUUGGAAACUCAGAGCGUUUGAAGGAGCCAAGAAAGGAGAAGGUUCUCCGGCUUCUAAGGUUGCGGUGGGGAGUUCCGGUGGCUCCUCACAUGUUCCUUAUGAUAGCAGUUGGCCCAGUGUUAAAAGCAUGAAAACGAGGAUGGAGCAUCCAUGCGAUGGAAGGAGGAAUUAUUUUCGGAGAGGCGUCCCUCGGAAGGAGAACCUGGAGUAUGAUAAUGGAUCAAUGGAGAAAACAAGGAACAGGCCUCCGUUGGGGAAACCUUUCCUGGCUUGGCCUGACCAUGCCUUCGAGGAGAAGAAGGCUGCUGCCGCCCAGGCUUUAUACGAGCGCCACUUGAAACGCAAAGGCUUGGCCGCCUUGCAGUGGGCCGUCCAGCUGAGGAACAUCCAGGCGGGUAUCGCGCAGAGGAGCCACGCUUUGGCCACCAUGGCCGCAAGCUUCCGCCGGUGGCAGGACGCUGCGGCCAAAGAGCACCAGGCGGGGACGUCCAGGCGAGGCCGGGGCCAGCGGUCACCUCCGGAGAGAGAAUCAAUCGAACAGCAUCCCUUUCUCUCCCAGUUAUCUCCGGAGCAUCGAGACGAAGCGGCCCGGUACAGCAGGGCGGAAGGAAGCCUAUGGAUGCAGCUCCGCCAUGUGCCGGAAACAGAUGACUUGUGCCGGAAGGCCAAAGCGUUGCGGGACGUGAGGCGAUUGGCUGCAGCUUUCAGACUGUGGCGCCUUCAAAAAGACCGCCUCGAAAAAGAAGAGGCCCAGGUUCGAGAGGCGCAGACCUUCCUGGAGAAGAAGAGGCUGGCGGAGGCCUUCCAGGCGUGGCGGUCUCGCUUUGGGGAAAGCCAAGGGGCCCGUCUGUUUUCCGCCAAGAUCCAGAGAGGGAUGAUGGGCCGGUGUGAUGGCCCCCCUUUCUUUGUCUCCUCCACCCCAAGGUGCUUCGAAGCUUGGAAAGGCUUUGCGAGGAGAGAGGCGCUGAGCCAUCAGGGCCUGGAGCUUCUCCGGUUGCGCUCUCUGCGCCUCUGUUUCCGUCAGUGGAGCCGGAUGGUGGAGGCCAAGGAGAAGAGCCGGGGAGCGCUACUCGAACUCCUCGCCCUGAAGCAGAGGCGGUCUUACGCCCGGUUCACCUUUGCUCCUGGUUCUUACAUCGUCCAGCCCUGUUUGGCAACGACAAGAUGGUCCCAAAGGAAAGGAGGGGACACUCUGGACAGCCUUCUCCACGCUUUGGCCUUACAAGCGGCCUUUCAGACGUGGAGGACCAGGCAACAAGAAGCCCAAUUGGCCACGUUGUUUGGCCGAGACGUGGAGCGGCGCCACCUGCGGGGCUGUUGGGAGCUUUGGCGCUGGAAGGCCCUCUCUGUGAAUGCAGUGGGACUGGACUCUGAGGACCGACCCUUGACCUCGCCGGACCUUUCGGAGCUGUCGCUCUCUUCCGGCUUCCACAGCGGAGGGGUGGCGGCACUUCCUUCAUUGGGAAAGGGGAGCAGUCGGGAAAGCAGCAGCCGCGCAAGCUUCUCUUCCUGGGCCGCAAUGGAAGAUUCGGGGCUUUUUCACGACAAUUCUCCAUCUUUGGAAGAUAUCAUCAACGCCGCCCUCGAAUGCCGAGCGACUUCUACUCUGAGGGAGAAUCGCUUCCAAACGUUGAGGUUUCACAACCCAGGUGGCGAGGGGAAAGCCAACUUGGCCAAUCUGAGGCAGACGAGAUGCGGAGACAAUGCAACGGAGGUCAAUAGCAGAGACCCGAGUGCGAAUUUGCCGUGGGCAGAACCUCUCCCAGGGCCACAAGAUCAGAAGAGAGUCCUAGCGAAAUACUUUGGACUUUGGUCGGCCUCAGCGCAUCAAAACCAGGAGGCUUCUCAGCAAUGGAGACAACUCCUGACCCGGCCUUUUGAUUGCGACUCUGCUCCGCUUAGGGCCCAAGCCUGGUUCGAGCGCACCCAGCGGCGACGCCUCUUGUCGUCCUGCUUUGGGAAAUGGAAAGCGGUGUCCCAAAGAGCCGGGGAGAGAAGACGAGAGGCGGAAAUCCAAUCCGAAGUGAAACGGCGGUCCCUCCGGCGCUGGAGGAAGGCGGCCAGGGGCUACCGGGCCUUGCGCUUGAGCUCCGUCAAUCAGGCUGGGAACUACUGGACCCGGGCCGCCGCUUUGCGCCAAUGCCGCCGCCAAAGGAGCAGCCUCAUCGGACCCCAGAAAUUCACCAAAUUGUUCCCGACUUGGCCCUGCCGUCAAAGAUGGAGCCGGGAAGAGGACGUCGACCCCAAUUCGUGCAGCUCUUUCAGGUUUUGGCUGGUGACAUAUCGAGGCCAAAGCAGGGUGCGACGGGUGCAGGAGGAUACGGAUCUGAUGGGACAGAGAAACAAGAUUCCAAGAGAGUCCAUUGCCGGGGAAAAGCAACGGCUUGGGAAGUACUGGCGUGUCUGGAGGCACAGCGUCUUCCUGCGCCAGUGGCGAGCUGCGAAGGACAGCCGGCGAAUGGCGAGUGCAUGGACGCUCUGGAAGGAGGCCUGCAAGACGAACCUUCUCGUCCACACCUUGGCUCAUCAGAGGCUGGCCGAAUGGAGUUGGACGACCUGGCGCCGGCGGUGCCUUCAGAGCUGGGUGGCCGAGCGCUUCCUGGACACCGACAACCGGCAUUUGCUCCGGAAGGCCUUUGGAUGGUGGAGGCAGCUGGCGGACGCAUCUCGACACCAGGCCAACGUCCAUCACUAGCAGAAGAAAUUAUAUAUAUAUAUACACACACACACACACACACACAUAUAUACAUAUACAUACACUCGGUUGUAUGCCCUCUGUCCCCAUAAUCCACAGAAAAUAAAUUUCAUCCAAACCA